AUGAGAAGUAGUUACAUUGCAAUCUGUGUCAAACUACAGAUAUGUGAAACCGAAAAUGAGAGAAAUAUUGAAACAAAUGACAAAUUUACGAGUCUGGAAUCAACUGAUGCAAGCAGUGAUGAAAAACCUGAAAGCAAGGAAUGUAUAGAUCUGUGUAUAAGGGUUCCUAAAAAUCGGUAUCCAAUGUUAGCUGAGAGGUUGUACAGAGAUAUAGAGAAUAUGGAACUGGAUUGUACACCUUUAACAAUAGCUUGUGAGAGCGGCCGUCUGUUUGUAGUGAAGGAGUUGUUGAAAGCCGGAGCUAACGUUAAUCCAAAAGGUCUACAUGAUUUACCAUUGAAUGCUGCAUGUCGUGGUGGUCAUUUUAGUGUGGUCGUUACACUGCUAGAAGCUGGAGCCGAUGUCAGUCCAGAAGGUGUUGAUAAUUCGCUACUGAUUAAUGCGUGUCUAGUUGGUCGCGGUCAUGGAACUGUGAUAAAGAAACUGCUCACAUCAAAAGCUAAUGUCAAUUAUCAAAAUGAUGAAGGAAGCACAGCACUAUUACUAUCUAUUAUACAGAGAAGAGAUAAAAGUAUUAUAAAAAACUUAAUUGAGGCUGGUGCUGAUGUCAAUAUACACAAUAAAGAUCUGUAUACUCCUCUGGCAGCUGCAUGUGGUACUGGUGAUUUGAGCCUUGUAAAAGAACUUCUUGAAAUGGGGGCUUUUAUAAAUCCACAGGACCUAUGGACGCCAUUAUUAGAUGCAUGUGAAGGAGGACAUAUAAGUGUGGUUAAAGAUUUGAUUAGAAAGGGGUCUGAUGUUAAUCUACCGAUUAAAAACACCACUGCCCUGAUAGCUGCAUGUGAGGGUGGACAUGUCAAUGUUGUGAGAGAAUUGCUCAGUAAUGGGGCUAUUGUAAAUCUACAGGGUCGAUAUACCACUCCACUGAUAGCUGCAUGUAAUAAUGGAAAGUGGUGCUGA